AUGGAAAUGGAGCACCAGCCAUGUUUAACGCUCAUUUCUAACCUGAACCUUGGAGAUUGCAGUUGCUGCUUUCUGUGGUUUGCUAAUCUGCUAAAGGUGGGCUUUGCAUCGCUGGACAACUGGUUCCUGGAUCAUCUGAAAGUUCCAGUCGCUGCCCUUCCUGACCCGGAGCUCCCGUUCUGGAUUCAGGAACUGGGUAAUUUUAAUUUCAAUUUUAAUAACGUCAUGGGAGAACUGAGGAGAAGGAUGAGGAUGAGGAGGUUGAGAGAACUGUUACACAUUGAGGAGGUGGAGGAAGGUUUUUUUGAUGAUGAGGAGGAGGAGGAAGAGGCUGAAGCAUUAGUGGUGGAGGAGAAUGAGGAGGUGGAGAUACAGGGUUUUGUGGAGGUAGAGGUUGAGGACGAGGUUGAGGAUGAGGAUGAGGCUGAGGGCCAGGAUGAGUAUGAUAGGUAUUUAUCUAGCGAGUCUCUUGGUGGGGCUGAGGACGAGGAUGAGGAUGAGGCUGAUAGGUCUUUUUGUAGUGAGUCUCUUGAUGAGGCUGAGGACGAGGAUGAGGAUGACGAGGAGGCUGAGGAUGACGAGAAGGCUGAGUAUGAGUUUGAGGCUGAGGAUGAGUUUGAGGCUGAGGCUGAGGAUUAUAGGUCUUUUUCUAGCGAGGUUCUUGAGGAAAAGGAGAAGAGACGAAGAUGA